CUGGUGCUGGAGCAGUUUCUAAUCAUCCUGCCUCAGGAGAUCCAGAGCAGGGUGCAGGAGCUGCAUCCGGAGAGCGGCGAGGAAGCAGUGACCCUUGUAGAAGAUAUGCAGAGAGAGCUUGGGAAGCUGAGGCAACAGAGUCUCAGGUUCCCAAUCAGGAAGCCCUGAGCAUCCAGGUGGAACAAGGAAGAAAACUAUGGGAUCCCAGUAUCCAGAUUUGCAAGGAGGGACUGAGCCCCAGAAACCCAGCUCCAGGAAGAAGAUCCUUUUAUUGAUUUUAUUCCAGACCAGACUGGGCCUUAGUUGUCAGAGGUGGUACUGGUGGUGUGCCCACAGGAACAACUGUUCCAGCAGAAUGAUGAUGGUAGAUCUGAAAGUGGCUGAGUACCUGCAUCCUCAGAUCAAGGCUCUGUGGGAGACCAAGGGACCUGUGACAGAGAGCUCCUCUCAGGGUAAAAAAUAUACUGCACAAAUGGACAGUUCCAGUCCUGAGACCUUUCGCCAACACUUCCGGAAUUUCCACUAUCAUGAAGCAGCUGGAUCCCGAGUGGCUGUUGGCCAACUUCAGGAAUUAUGCCGUCAAUGGCUGAGACCAGACAUACACUCAAAAGAAGAGAUCUUGGAUCUGCUGGUGCUAGAACAGUUCCUGACCAUUCUGCCCAAGGAUACUCAGACCCAGAUAAAGAAGCACCACCUACAGAGCAUUGAAGAGGCUGUGGCCUUGGUAGACCACUUGCAGAGUGAAUCUGGUCAAACAAAGAAUGGGGUUGCAGUCCAUGUGCUGGGAAAGGAGGCAGUGCUCUUGGGAGAAACAGCAGAGACCUCAGGCUUCAAACUGAAGCCAGCAGAGUCCCAGCCAGUGGGCAGGUCCCAGGAUGAAGAAUUUUGGAAUGAACAACAGCUGAGCAGGAAUACUCAUAAAGAAACAGAGCCUAUGUGUGAGAGGGCUGUGCCUACUCACCAGAUCCUAGACUUUCCUGAGCAGACAGACACCAAAGACUGGACAGUGGCACCUGAGCUCAUCUUACCUGAGUCCCAGAGCUUAUUGACAUUUGAAGAAGUGGCCGUGUAUUUUUCCCAGGAAGAAUGGGGAUUACUGGAUAUCAGUCAGAAGACUCUCUACAAUGAUGUAAUGCAGGAAAACUAUGAGACUGUCAUCUCUCUAGCUGUGCCUACUCACCAGAUCCUAGACUUUCCUGAGCAGACAAACACCAAAGACUGGACAGUGGCACCUGAGCUCAUCUUACCUGAGUCCCAGAGCUUAUUGACAUUUGAAGAGGUGGCCGUGUUUUUUUCCCAAGAAGAAUGGGAAUUACUGGAUCCGGGUCAGAAGGCCCUAUACAAUGAUGUAAUGCAGGAAAACUUUGAGACUAUCAUCUCUCUAGCCAUUUUUGUGCUCCCCAAACCUAAAGUCAUCUCCUGUCUAGAACAAGGGAAAGAGCCAUGGGUUCAAGGAUCCACAGAGAUCAUGAACAGUCCUGGAGAGCUGCCUAUAGGGUUAAAGCUCAAAAAUGACACUGAAAAUCAUCAGCCUAUAUGUCCUUCUGACUUGGAAAUACAAGCUCCUGGAGAUAUAAUAUCAAAAAAGGCCAGAGUGAAAGUUUCCCAGAAAACAGCAGUCAAAGAAAAUCAUGGUGAUAUACACAGGGUAAAUAUACACAGGCACCAAGACUUUACAGUGAAGAAAAGAAAGAAACUUUCAACCUGGAAACAAGAGCUGCUGAAACUUAUGGAUCGUCACAAGAAAGAACGUGCAGGAGAGAAGCCUUUUAAAUGCCAGGAAUGUGGGAAAAACUUCAGAGUUAGCUCUGACCUUAUUAAGCACCAAAGAGUUCACACUGAAGAGAAACCGUAUAAAUGCCCACAGUGUGAUAAGAGGUUUAAAUGGAGUUCAGAUCUUAAUAAGCACUUAACAACACACCAAGGGAUAAAACCAUAUAAAUGCUCAUGGUGUGGGAAAAGCUUCAGUCAAAAUACAAAUCUACACACACACCAAAGAAUUCACACUGGAGAGAAGCCCUUUACAUGUCAUGAAUGUGGGAAAAAAUUCAGUCAGAAUUCCCACCUUAUUAAACAUCGGAGAACCCACACAGGUGAGCAACCUUAUUCCUGUAACGUAUGCAGAAGAAACUUUAGCAGGCGGUCAAGCCUUCUUAGGCACCAGAAACUCCAUCAGUGAAGGGGAGCUCGUCCACUGUCCUCAGUCUGAACAAAUUCACCAAGAGGAGCUCGACACUAAAUAUGAAAAAAAUAGAAAAUUAUGAAGCAUGAUUUUUUAUCAGUGGAAUAUUGCGCAGAAAGGAAUUACGUCUGACACUGCAUGGGAUGAAUUAAGGUAGUACUGCUUCCUGUGUUUACUUAUAACCUAUAGGGAAUUCCAUAGCAAGAUUGGUGUUCUAGGUAUAUUCUAAAAAUGGAAAAAACUUUUAGGAUUGUACCUGCCAAAAUAUCAAAUUCAGCUUCAGAUGGCAGAUGAAGCCAUAAAAUCAGUCUUACGUGGUUAUAGAGGUAAAUAGUGUUGGUUUUUCAUUGAUCUGCCCAGCCACUCCUAAACACAUGUGAUAGAAACAUUUGUAGCAUGGUCUUCCAAAACAAAAAGCAAUAAUAUGCUCAUUUAAUUGCAUACCAUUGUCUUCAUGGUAGCAAACUUAAAAAUUUCAUUAGUCUCAUGGGAUAGAAAUGAAUUCUAAUGUAAAGUUUCCUAAGAAUCUAAUUGGAUUUUCUUCCUCUAUCA